CGGACCAAUUCUAAAGGAUAAUUCAGUGAAAGAGAGGAGUAUUCCCACUUGGUUUCUUGUCUGUUUCCUUAAGCUUUUCACUUUUUUGAGUAUCUCUUGCAAGCCAACUAUAAGCGUAGUGGAAGAAGUCGGAUAAAGGCUGAGUUGAGAGUUUUGGGAUGGCUUUGGUCUAUCUGUUUGUUUUCUUUGUUCUUUCACACCUUUUGGUUCACUCGGCCGAAGAAGGGAAUUGGAAUCACCCAAAUUGUCCAUUUUUUCAUUGUGGAAAAUUCGGCAGUAUCGGCUUCCCAUUUACCAAUAGCAUAAACUCAUAUUGCGGUUUAUUCCCAGUAGAUUGUGAUGAAACAACUCCAUUGAUCCAACUAGGGAGAGAUGGAAAAUCAUAUAAUGUCCUAAACAUCUCUCAGUCUAACACCAGUUACGCCACCAUACGUGUCAAGGACCAAGUGCUUCAGGAGCACUUGAAUCUCCGUAGAUGCAAAUUGUUAUCCACUUUGACCUUUCCCAACUCUCCCUUUGUCUCUUUUGAAGUCACCACUCCCAAUCAGACUCUGUUUAAAUGCAAACACACUCUCAAUCUCACUACCCCUAGAAAUUUUAAAAAUACGAGCUGCAAUGACUAUAAUAUCUACUAUAGUCACUCAAACCAUACUUCUCCCAGUUUUCCACCUGAAUGUUCAAUUAUUCAGCUCCCAAAAAGUGGGACUUCACCUGCUGAUGCUGACCUGUACGCACUCUUAACCGCUGAUUUCAACCUCGAAGUGCAUGUGUCUCGUGAUUGUAUCAGUUGUUAUAACAGAGGAGGUCAAUGUCAGAAUUCUGGAGGAGAAGAAUUUAAUUGUGCCAGUGCAAAGAAAGGUACAGGGUUUAACAAAAGGGCAAUAGUGAUAACAUUAGUCACUUCAUUAUCUGGAAUUGGUGUUCUAGUGGUCAUAAUCUGCUACUUCUUGGGAAAGCUCUCAUUUAAUAAAAUUUGGAAUAAAGAAAAUCCGACGUAUCAGAACGUAAAAGCCUUUUUAGGGAGCCAUGGACCACUUGGUAUUAGAAGAUACAAAUAUUCAGAUAUAAAGAAAAUUACUAACUCCUUUAAAGAUAAAUUAGGCCAAGGUGGCUAUGGUGAUGUAUAUAAAGGAAAGUUACAAGAUGGUUGUUUUGUGGCUGUGAAAGUUUUGAAAGAAUCAAAAGGCAAUGGAGAGGAAUUCCUUAACGAAGUUGCAAGCAUUAGUAGGACCUCCCAUGUUAACAUUGUCACUCUUAUGGGUUUUUGCUUUGAAGAAUCUAAAAGAGCUCUCAUUUAUGAGUUUGUGCCAAAUGGAUCUCUUGAAAAGUUCAUAUAUAAAGAAAAUCCCUCAAAUGUUGACAUUCAAUUGGGAUGGGAAACAUUAUACAAUAUUGCAAUUGGCAUUGGUCAAGGAUUAGAGUACUUGCAUAAAGGUUGCAACACACGAAUCUUGCACUUUGACAUAAAGCCUCACAACAUUCUUUUGGAUGAAAACUUCAAUCCAAAGAUUUCUGAUUUUGGCCUCGCAAAAAUAUGCCCUAGAGAAAAAAGUAUCAUAUCAAUGGUGGGUGCAAGAGGGACUAUAGGAUAUAUAGCUCCAGAAGUAUUUUGUAGAAAUUUUGGAGGGGUCUCUCAUAAAUCAGAUGUUUAUAGUUAUGGAAUGAUGGUUUUAGAAAUGGUUGGGGUAAAGAAUAUUGAUGUCAGUGGUGAUUGUACUAGUGAAGUAUAUUUUCCACAUUGGAUUUACAAGCGCCUUGAAUUAAAAGAAGAACUAGGACUGAAGGGCAUUCUGAAUGAAGCAGACCAAGAUGGUGCAAUGAAGAUGAUAAUAGUAAGUUUGUGGUGCAUACAGACCAACCCCACAAACCGGCCACCUAUGAGUAUAGUGGUGGAUAUGUUGGAAGGGAGCCUAAACUCUUUGCAAAUCCCUCCCAAUCCUUUUUUGUCUUCCCCUCCAAGAUCACCGAUUUCGUCAUUACAAUAUGAUUCCAAGUCCUCAAAUACAUCUCUUCCUCCAAGGCAAACCUUGAGUCUAGGCGGUAACGAAAUUUGUGAAAUGUAAUUAUUCUGAGCUUGUCAAUGAUGACUCUUUCUUUGUUGCUUAUUAUAUGCUCUAAAACCAGGUUUUAUGG